UGCUUCUAAAUAUUUUAAAUAAUUUUUUUUUAGUAUUUAGUAAUAUAUUAAAAGUUGAAAACAUUGUGCAAUGGAUAUAGAAGAACCAGUUCAUAUACACACCGUGCAGGCGCGUUUUCUUUCUGAUGUAGGUGAAGAAGCAGGUCCGCCAUUAGAUCUACCCAUCAAUGUGACCAAACAACAGCUGGAAUUGAUUUUGAAUUCUCUACUAAAAAACGAGGAACAAACACCAUAUCUGUUUUUCAUAAAUGACGAUGAAGUCCGCGAAACGAUACAGCAAACACUUUCCGCAAAGCAAGUGGAAGCAGAAAACGUACUUGACAUUGUUUACCAACCGCAGGCUGUAUUUCGUGUACGUCCAGUUACACGUUGUACUAGUUCUAUGCCGGGUCAUGCUGAAGCAGUAGUUUCUCUUUCAUUUAGUCCCAAUAGCUUACAUCUUGCUAGUGGUUCUGGCGAUACGACACUGCGACUAUGGGAUUUAACAACCGAAACGCCACAUUAUACAUGUUCGGGACACAAAAAUUGGGUUCUCUAUGUGGCCUGGUCGCCAGAUUCGUUAAAGAUAGCUUCGGCAGAUAAAGUCGGUGAAAUACGUCUUUGGUGUCCAGAUAGUGGGAAACUAAUUGGCCGACCUUUGAUCGGGCAUAAAAAAUGGAUCAACUGCCUUAGUUGGGAACCAUACCAUAAAAAUGUAGAAUGUCGCUUCUUGGCCAGUGCCGGUAAUGACAAUGAUGUUAGGAUAUGGGAUACCGUUCUAGGCACAUGUUCGAAAGUAAUAGCAGGUCAUACAGCUGCGGUUACCGCUGUUCGUUGGGGCGGCGCCGGAUUGUUAUACACUUCAUCAAGAGAUCGUACCAUUAAAAUGUGGCGAGCCGAAGAUGGCGUUUUAUGCAAAACAUUUACUGGUCAUGCACAUUGGGUAAAUAAUUUAGCCCUUAGCACAGAUUACGUUCUUCGCACCGGACCUUUCCAUCCCGUCAUGGACAAAAACAAGUCUUACUCAAUAUCUGACAAGAAUCAAAUGCAACAACUGGCCCUCGAUCGAUACAAGAAAGUGUGUCCGGAUUCGGUAGAAUCCUUUGUUUCCUGCUCGGAUGAUUUUACGUUGUAUCUCUGGAAGUCGAGUCAGAAACAGUUUGUUACUCGGAUGACUGGACAUCAAAACGUAGUCAACGAUGUCAAAUAUUCUCCGGACGUAAAACUGAUUGCCUCUGCGUCUUUCGAUAAAUCCGUUCGACUGUGGCGAGCCGGCGAUGGUGCGUUUAUCUGUGUUUUCAGAGGACACGUACAGGCAGUCUACACUGUUGCUUGGUCAGCGGACUCGAGGCUGCUGCUCAGUGGUAGUAAAGAUUCAACGCUUAAAGUGUGGAGUGUCAAAGAACGAAAGCUUGCUCAAGAAUUACCAGGGCAUGCUGAUGAAGUGUACGGUGUUGAUUGGGCACCAGAUGGGUCGCGAGUUGCAUCUGGUGGAAAAGACAAAGUAUUGAAAUUGUGGUCAUACUAAUGUGGGCAAUAGCCAGUCUAAAGUAUAUUUAAUCGUGGGCAAUAGCUAUUGCUUCUCUGUCAAUAAACCAAGGUUUUUUUACCGAUG